UUUGGUUCUUGAGGAAACUUCUUUAGAUUGAGAAAGAAAAAAAGAUCGACACUUUCAAAUAUACGAAUUUUCUACCAUCAUCUUCCCUGAAAGUAAUCAAGCUCAGCUAUGGCAAGCGACAAUGAACCAGCGAAGCAGCUACUCCCUUAUCUUCAACGCGCCGAUGAGCUUCAAAAGCACGAACCACUCGUCGCUUAUUACUGUCGGUUGUAUGCGAUGGAACGAGGGUUGAAUAUUCCUCAAAGCGAGCGUACUAAGACGACUAGCUCUCUCCUCGUUUCUCUCAUGAAACAGCUUGAAAAGGAUAAGAAGUCGUUAAAGUUGGCACCUGAUGACCACUUGCAUUUAGAAGGUUUUGCUCUAAACGUAUUUGCGAAGGCUGACAAACAAGAUCGAGCUGGGCGAGCUGACAUAAAUACUGCAAAAACUUUUUAUGCUGCCAGCAUCUUCUUUGAGAUUCUGAAUCAAUUUGGAGAAAUUGCACCUGAUCUUGAGCAGAAGCAGAAGUAUGCAGCAUGGAAAGCUGCUGAUAUAAGGAAGGCUUUAAAAGAAGGAAGAAAGCCUGUUCCAGGUCCUCCUGGCGGUGAACAGGAUUUAUCUGCUCCAUCUAGUUCUCCAAGCGGCGAAUUUGAUGUUGGACCAAGGCAGACAGGACAUGAUAUUAAUCCGGGUCCAGAACUGGACCGGACGGCCUCUUCCCAGUUCCCAGAUGGUUUGGGGAGACAGCCUUCCACUGGUGUCUUGCCAUCUUCUCCAUCUUUUCCAAGUGAUGAUUAUCCUUCCCACAGUGCUGAUUUUCCUUCCCAUACAGCUGAUUAUCCUCCCCACAAUGCUGAUUUUCCUUCCCAUACAGCUGAUUAUCCUUCUCAUGAUUACCAAUCUGGUCAUGGUUCUGGAAGGACAGAGAACCCUACUUACCCUCAGCCGCCAUAUCGGAGUCAAUCUUAUCCACAAGAACCUCAAAAUCUACCGCAGGUUCCGCAAAAUUAUCACUCUCAGGACAUUCCACCACCCUUAUCCUACCCUAACUUUCAGUCAUACCCUAGUUUUUCAGAAAGCAGUCUACCAGCUGCCCCGUCACAUCAGCCAUCUUAUUAUCAAGGUUCUGAUGCUUCAUAUUCACACCAGUCUAGCCCAUCAGUAACAAACUAUGCAUCAGCUCCUCAGUACAGUUCAAGUGGAAGAAAUGGAAAUGUACAAGACGUACCAAGCAGUGUCCAGACUCCAACCAGUGCUCAGACAUAUCAUUAUGAUAGCAACUACCAGCCCUCAUCUGACAAGAUCGCUGAAGCACAUAAGGCGGCAAGAUUUGCUGUAGGUGCAUUGGCAUUUGAUGAGGUGCCUGUUGCAGUUGAACACCUCAGGAAAGCACUCGAGUAUCUGACAAAUCCUUCUGCAGGUCAGUAGGUUUGUUCUUUGACACUACAGAGUUGAUUUGGCUGUGAUGAUGUUUCGUGUUGCUUCUUCCUUUUUCUUUCUUCUAAUGGAUUGAGUUGUAAAUGUUACUGGAUAUGUCAAUGAGUAAUCACCUUUACCCAGAUACAUGAUGUGAAUGAGAAUUAUGCUUGCUUUUGAA